GAGGGCUCUACAACCGGCUAAACUACCUUGUCAUGCUCGGCGGUGACAUCAUCAUUGAGCGUCCUCUCUUCAGACAACGCUCGGUCAUGUUUACCGUUUAAUUCAGUGAUCUGAGGCUUUUGUGCUGUCCACAAUAAGCUGUUGAAUCGCUAUUUUUUUUGUAUGUAUUGUGACUAUACUUUGUAGUUAACGCUAAUUUAUUUCAACAUGGAGUCCGGAGAGGCCAAGGAGGAGAGGGCAGGCUCUCUGUCGGCGGCGCAGAGAAGAGCAGAGCUCCGGAGGAGAAAACUGCUCAUGAAUUCAGAGGACAGGAUGAACAGAAUCGUGGGCUCCACUAAAAACGAGUCUGAAAACAACGCUGGAGCGUCCCUGCGUCCCACAGAACCCCGCUUUCACCUCGAUCUCGACAGGACAGAGCCGUUGUCGUCAUCCUCAUCUUCCCCGAGACCGUCUCCCUUCCUGCCAGAGGCUUCGGGGCUCGGCAGCCGCUCCCACAGCGCCACCCCAGAGAGGAGGGGCUCGCCCCUGCCAGGCUGCAGUGAGCCACACGGAGGCUCUCUGGAAGACGAUAUCGGAGGGGUCCGACAGAGACCGAGGGGGGAACGGGCAUCAGACGACCUCAGCAGCUCCCCACGUCGAGGCCUCCAGAAAUACCUGUCCCGUUUUGACGAUGCCAUGAAACUGCGGGGUCAGCUGGCCAAUGAGAAGCCGGCCCAGGACGGAGGGUCCGACUCAGAGGAGUUUGAUCCCUUCAGAAUCUUCAGGCUCAUCGGCAGCGUCCUCCUCGCCGUUUUUGUUAGGGUUUUUGUCUGCAAGUAUCUGUCAAUAUUUGCUCCAUUUCUGACCCUCGAACUGGCCUAUAUGGGGUUGUCCAAAUACUUUCCAAAGGUAGAGAAGAAGGCCCAGACCACUGUGCUGACUGCUGCCCUAUUGCUGUCCGGUAUCCCCGCUGAGGUCAUCAACCGCUCCAUGGACACCUACAGGAGGAUGGGUGACGUUUUCGCUGACCUCUGUGUUUACUUCUUCACCUUCAUCCUCUCGCAUGAGAUCCUGCUGCUCAUUGGCUCAGAGACUCCCUGAUGGACCGGGAGGAUCUCAGUAACCCCGCCUCCCCUUUCUUGUUGUCCCCUCCCUCUGUCUCCCAUAGCAACAAGGCAUGGUCAUUUACGUCGGCUGACGUGGGUUUGUUGUUGACAGUCUGGAAGCGAAUCCUCGCUGCCUUAUGAUCAGGGUCGCGCGUCAGCUGGAUAAGUGCUCAUUAAUUCAGCGCUUCAGGAUUCCAAUAAGGCUAAGCUACAUGUGACCAGAGGGUCCUGUGUUUGUUACAGAUCUCCAAGUCAAUUUUGCUCUGGACUGAACCUGAGAAACAAAGACGGUUUGUGUUUGCUUGUGCGAAGAAUGCACAGUGGCAUUUAUUGUGCUAAGUGAUAUUUAUUUGUCAGGUCUAGCACAGAAAAUAGUAAAUGUCAUAUUCGAGAGUGGACAACAGUACAGUUCAUCAUCAGUCUGGCAGCCAUAGAUUCCAUUUAACUUAUGAGUGGGGAAACACUGGAGUCCCUCAAGGGCUGGGUGAUAUUUCUGAAACCGACAUCACAUCAUUAAUUUCAAAAUUCUGAUAUUGAGGCAUAUCACAUUAUUAAAGCAUUUAUGUUAAAUCAAACAAAAUAAUUAAACUGCUGUUCACUGCAAUGAACUGUCUUCCACCACUAUGCGUUACAUCAGAAAAACUCUUCACAUGCGUUAAACAGAAACUUAACACCACACUGAUAGGCAGUGUUUUGCUGCCCUCUUUGGUUGAACGUUUCAAGUGUGUUGCACCUGUAAACACACCCAACAGUGAUGUCACGAUGGACUGCCGCGUCCUGGAGUACACUUCUACAUCACUGCAUCAGCCACCAUAAGCUACUGGUCUUAACCGACCAAUUAAGAUUGUAGCUGCAAAUUGAGCGACGCUGCGUUUUAUUGUUUAUGAAGUCAGCUUUUCGUUUGUAAGAGAAACAAUGUGUUAUUUAUUCUUUAAAAUUUACAUAGUCUUGCUUCAAAUAACAGCAUUUUGUAAAAAGAUGACACUGUAUGUUGAUAUUGUCAUGAUACAAUUUACUGAAAGCUGAUAGUAUAGUAGAAUAGUAUUGAAUUAUUUCCACCUCCUUCUAAAUCCUAAUCAUCUCCAAAGAUGGUGCAUAAGCUGUGCAGGCUGUUAUAUUCUCAGCUAAUACGACGCAGACUCCUCAGCAGGUGUCUGACUCUGCUAUAAAAAAACAAUUAUUAGAACUGCUGAUGAAAUUUAGAGACAGUUGAUCUCCCUAGCUGAACUAAUAUACACCACUAUGGAUAUCUAUUUGUCAUAUUAGUCAGCCCUGCAGUGCGUCAGGCAGGGUUGGGGUCAGUAUUUUCAGUUCAUGUCAUUCAUUCAUCUAAACUUUACAUAACUCUAGCUGGAUGAAGGCAACAUAUUUCGGUAAAACUUACGCAGUUCAUACAUUCUGUAAAAAAACAAACACUUGAAUUAACUGAAAUGUAAGUGAAUUUACCACAGCCUUGAAGUGAAGAGGUUUAUUAGUGUUCUUGAUCCGUUAUGAUUGACAGUCAAUGACUGAAUUAAGCAGAAAGCUUAAGACAGUAUCAUUAGGACUGACAGAAGCUGGUGGUUUCUAUUUCCCUCUUACAUAUUAUCAUCUCCUCUGCUGAUUUGUUGCAACAUCUGCACCUCAACCUGUAGACGACCUUGAGGCUUUGCAGUUUGUGUCACAAAAUAUUUCCUUUAAACAAAAGUGUAAUUAAAUAGAGGUUUAGGACCAUUUGAAAAAUGUGUGUUCUGAGAUUAGUUUCAAGAUUCAAGAAGGCUUAAAACUUUGAAUUAUUUCUUUUUGUUAUUAAUCUCAGAGAUCUGACAUUUUUUUUCAUACACACACACACACAUAUAUAAAACUGAGAUCAAGAGCUUUGAUCUAGUUUUUAACAUUUUUUAGUAGCUUGAAAAAAAUAGAACAGAAAAAACAAAACUUUUAUUGAUGGAGCAACAGUAGUCAGUUCCUGAUUAUUUGAACUGGUGUCUUAAGAACUUGGACUCUCCUUUAUUUUCAUUGUGUUUACUGGUUUUCGGCUUUACAGAUAAGUUCAGUGUAAAUGACGUUUGUGUUUUACAAAUAAAAGAGCGAAAAGGACAAAAAAUGAAUAAAUGAUUGACAGAGGAUUUAAAAACAAAAACACACCACACGCUUAAGAAUUCAAUAUGACAAGAUUCAUUGAUGUGGUGUGUCCAGAAAUAAUGACAAUGACUAUAGGUCAACUUACAAAUGAGGAGACUAAAAGCUUAGAUUCAGCGUAGUCCAGAAAGAGACACCACAUUUUCUCAAAUUUGUUGGCACGAAGUAUAAACCUGAGUUUCUCUAGUUUUAAGUGCUGUAUGACAUCUUUUAACCAUAAAAUAUAACUGGCAGGCUGUGGGGUUUUCCAGUUUAGGAGAAUUACUCCUUUUAAUUGGUGGAAAUGAAUCAUAUGUGUUUUAUGUUGUGACAGAGUUCCUCAUAGGCAGUGCUUUAAGUUAUAGUUUCUGUUGCGAUCUGUCAUCUAAAGGUCCACCUGUGUUAUGAACAAGUUUUCUUACUUCAUUUAAGUUGUGAAGGCAGAAGAAGCAUUUAGUCCUUAAACGUAAAGUGUGUUAUUUUGCACGGCUAUGAGCUUAAAAACGAUAUAAACUUCAUACAGUAUAUGUACAUAAUGAAAAGUGUGACUGACAGGAAUGUUUUGGGUUUUACUGGAAAGCACUGUCACUGCACAUUAAUGUGAGGCAGUGGGAGUUUGUACGCUUAUUUGUGCUGAGUAAUUGUGGUGAUGUGUCCUGUUUUGCUUUGCUCAAGCCUCGUUCAUACAUACUUCAUAUAUACUCUCUACUUCUGUGCUGUUGUGUCCUCUCUCCAUAGUUUUAAUUUCAUCCAAAUUAAUUUAUUAGUGUGAUUUUUUUUUUCUUCAUGUAAAUGAAUUGUGAUUUAUCCUAAGACUUGUCUGACCUACUUGAUUGUUUUUGAUAAGGUUUACAGAAUAACUGUUUUUAAUGGCUCUUACAUAUUUGAACUUCAGUAACAAAUUUAGUGUUGACAUGAUGUAAACAGUCUCUGCUUAAAAACAUACACAGGAAUGAAUAACCUGACAAUUCAUACCAAAUAAAUACUACUUGUGUGACAUA